AUGACUGCUACACCGGCGUACCAGUUCUUCGUCUCGAGCGGGAUCCCUCAGCCUGCGGAUGAACGCAUGCGAAGUCAUGCAAUCAAAGCUGCACUUCGGAUGCGAAAGCAAGGCUUUGGUGACGCAGAGGGUGGACUGGCAGGCAGAUCAUCCGCAAGUUCGAAUCUCACCCUUCGUUCUCAUGCACAGUUGAAAGGCCGAUUUCGCGCAGUACCAAGUCCUACUCCAAAAGCCGCUCCAGCACAGUUCUUGAACUCGUCCAAAAAAGGUCUUGUUGGGGUCGAUGUGCAGUCGAGAUGGCAGGAUUCCACCAACAUCACCCAAAGUCUGGACGGGUAUCAGCAACUAUCGACUACGCGUCACAGAGAAUCCAUACAGAACAGCAUCGAGAAAGCAAAGUUGGAUCCUUUCGAUAGUCUGCCGGUGGAGAACAAUUGGCGCGUUAAUCUUCUCCUCAAGCACUUCUUGACAGGCUUCAGCCUGAACCUGACCACAGUCGAUCCCCAACGCAGCUGGUUCUCAUACGCUCUGACAGAUCCUCUGAUCAUGCACACAACGCUUGCGCUGUCUGGGGCGGAAAGACUUUCAAGCAGCAUGGUCGUGGACCACAAUCUCAGAGAAGAAGUCGUACGACAAAAGCUCGAGGCCAUCAGCAUUAUCAAAUCUCAUCUUGACGGGCAAACCCUCGUUCAGUCCAUCAUUGCAGGUGUUGCCACCCUGGCCAACGUCGCCUGUUUCGAAGGAGCUUUCUCCGAGGCUGAUCUGCACAUGAAAGCUGUCAGACAGGUGAUUGAUGCCGGAGGGGGUGUAGAGAUGAUUCAAGACAACUUCCUGAUAUCUCGCGCGGUCAUAUGGACCGAUCUCCAGACAGCGAGCGCACUUGGUCGAGCACCAUACUUCCCUUUGCUUCACGCUCAUAGCCAGACCCAACUUCCACUGGAUCUCUUGGGGAAUGUGCCGCGCAUCAAGCUUGAUGCGGUCGAGCAGGUCGUCGGGGACGCAGACACUGUUGAAGUCUUUGCCUUUUUACGCCAAGCCAUCUGGGCUCGUGAUACAAACAAGAGCCCUCAUGUCAUUCGCAUCCUUAUGAACACAGCCGAUUGGAAGAUAUCCGAGUGUCUGUUAGGAGGAGUGUCUAAGAAUCCUCGGACCUCGCUUGAAGUCGCUCUGCUUUUGGGGGCACAAGUCUUUUUGUAUGCUGUUUUACGAAAAGUCCCGCCAGCCGGCAAACUACUUCAGACCCUACUGGCGCGGUUGGAACUGCAUCUGAAAAGUUUCGCGCCUAAUCUGGAAUCGUCUGUCGAGAUUCACGCAUGGUUGUGGCUCCUUUUUGUGGGAUUCGUGGUUGAAUCUUCGAAUCCACAAGUACGAUCAAACAAGUUUGCAUUACAGCUAGAAGUUUUCUGCCGAUCAACUGCGAUCUUGGACAGGGGCUUCAUGGUUCAAACGCUCAAGGAUUUUCUUUGGGCAGAAGCUCAUCACGGAACAGCAUCAGGGGGCGAUGACACCAUCCUUGUCGCCGUUAGUCCUUCUAACCGGAUUCAAGGGCUUGAAGCUGGCAUCGUCCAGGCGGAGGUCUGCUGA